AUGGUAUCUACAUCUAAUAAAUCGCCUCUCAGCAUGUGGCUCUUCGCUGUUCUAUUUGCCCUCCAAAUCCACACUGUCUUUGCCAACACCGAGAAGGCGAUAUUCCUCGGCCCAAGCAGUAUCCACGUCCCAGUUGAACAUCCAACACUUGAGGCUCUCCGGCUUCAAGAGCUUUCACCACAACCCCAACACUCCUCCCUCCGCACGCAUAUCCAAGCCGAAUUUCCAACUAAUACCUCCAAGCACGGGCACCCAUCAUGGUUCCUCCUGCAUCAACUAAAACGAGGUCAAAGAUAUGAAGUGCGGCAACCAACCGCCUUCCGACUCAACACCUACGAGCUACCUAAAGUUUUCGGGACUCCCGAAUUGAUCGCGUCCGUGGCGCAGUACUCGGAAACCCGCCAGCUUGGACUGACGGAUGUUGUAGACGAAAAGCCGAGCAUCUAUGGAAGAGGCAGCAUUGAUGACUCUUCGGUAUUGCUCCUAGAGGUGCUCGCAGCUGCCGAUUACUAUACUACGAAUAAGACCCUCAUGACCCAUGUGCCGCCGGUCUUCGUCGAUAUCAUCCUGGAUCCAUUCAUAUUCAAUGUAUUUCCUCGGUCCUUGGUCCCUACUGCUGGAUACAUCCUCCUACUCGCCAUUGGAAGCUGGUACCUCUCGAAGUAUAUCAGCAGAUGGCUUGUUGAGAUUGCUCGCGAAGGUACGAGCACGGAUAAAAAGGAGAGUUAA